AUGUCAGGCUGGGCAUCUAAACACGUAUGCUUCCUGGCGGUUAGGUACAGUUGCAGCAAGAUGAAGUCCGCGGUACAGGCACACGGCUACCGGUUUGGUGACAUCCCCAACAUGCACCAGUUGCAUGCAGAUGUUUGGAGGACGCUGGCAGUGGCGCGUCCAGCUCAAGUCGUCGCAUGGCUACCAGUGGCAGCCGCACCAGGGGGCAGAGCACCACCACCGCCCGAGCCAGCUUUACCGUGGGGCUUCCGAAAGAUGUGGCUCAAUGUGCAUUCUAUGGAGAAGGCGGGGCUCACCAAGCAUCCUGGUACGACAGGGGACUCUGGUGGUUCGGAUGACCAAGAGCACCGCCAGCCCACCCAGCAGCGCAGUUCGUUGCAACAGGCGCGGGACCAUUUGGGCAACACUGGAGCAUACGGCUUCCCAGAAGACUUUCUGCCGCAUGAGCCACGGCCGGAUCCCACUGCUCUGGGUGUGUGGCUAGUGCCGUACUGCAUGUGUGUGGAGCACUCUGGGGAGAAUUGUACGGUGCACACCAACGAGGCUGGCGACGACAUCAUCAUGAUGUGCAAUGACUGCAUUCAUGCCUUGGAAUGUGGACGCAUACCGGAGGCUGCUCUCGCACGCUAUGAUGGUGGAGACGUGCUGGAAAUCAAUCAGGACGGGCAGUGUUUGGAGUGGCCUACCGUGCUGGAAGCCAACAUACUGGGGCUGGGCCAUGUGCAGCAGCAGAUCUACACGCUCAAUGUCAAGAACCGGCCGCCUGACUUGCAGCCCAUCGCCAUCACAAUGCAUGGGAUAGCCAUGGCGAACCCAUCACUCGAUCAGUGGGUGGACGCCAUCCCACGCUCUGCUGCAUCGUUGCCGGAGAACAUCACCGUCCUCCGCAUGGAUGUCGUCAGCAGCAAGGAGGAACUGCUAGAAAAGCUCAAGAGCACCAAGGUGUUGUCCGUCCGAGCAGCUAAUAUUGUGGCCUGGGUCAACUACCUCAGCAACCUCACCUCCGAGAGGCAUAUUGAUGACCAAGCGAUGCAGGAGUGGCAGGCAAUGGACCCAGAGUAUCACGACCCCAGGCCGGAGGCUCUCGUCGCCACCGUCACUGCUGCCCCGUCUGCUCAAGCGGACAACACACUGGAGGAUGCUGGUCUCGAGGAGCUCGAAGUUCUGGUGCUUGUUGUCCCUGACACACCUGUGCCGGGAUCAGGUGAUGAUGCACGAAACCCGGUGGAGCUACAUCGUGAGCUGACAGCGGAGCGCCGGCUGGUCUUUGCGUCUGGGGGCCGUGCUUCUAAGAUCCUGGACUACUCCCGGGAAGACGUGCUUGCCAGCAACUUCCCCACCGCAUUUCCGUACACUGAGGGCGGCCUCCGUCCCCUGGGUAUGAGCAACCGGACCUUCUUCCAGCAUGUGUCCAUGCGUCGUUCACCGUGGACAAAAUGCGGGCCCUGUUUGAGGGGCCCAACUGGCCGUCCCCCAGCCAUCCGCGCGCCUCAGCCAGAUGGAUCCAUGCCGGCGCCCGUGUAUGACUUCACCAUUGUCGCCCAUGGCAAGCCGCGUGGGACCGGGAGUGAAGCCACUGAUACCUUUACACCCGAGGUGUGCUUGGAACACUGCACCCAGCACCUUGUGGUGGGUGUCGUGGGAUCCUGUACCCACACACACAGCGACACCUGCAAACGCUUCAGCUGUGCAGGCGUGGAUGGAGACUGCAGCAUGGCCUACCCACACCACAUCCAGCGUGAGUUCAAGUGGGUGGGCGACAGCGGCCUGUUCGUUCUGCCCCGAUACGGCCCCAACAUUGUGCCCCAUUGCCCCACUGUCACAAUGGCGCUGGGCUGCAACAACGUCUUCAUGCUGGCCUGCAAGCUCGGCCGUCAGUACACCGCAACAGUGGAGGAACAGCUUGUACUGCUGGUCCCCAUGUGUGACCCCGAGGUCCUGGAGGACAUCCUUGUGCAAGCAGAGGUUGUGGCCCGCCGAACCACGCACCAUGCCACCAAGUAUGUCGCCAAGGCCACAUUGCAGAGCCAAGUCACACGGCUGAACCGCCUGCUGGUGGUGGAGACCCUGCACAAGGGCAUCGGAAACCUUAUCUCCACGGCAAACCGUACGACAGCCAGCCUGACCAUUGGAAUGGCCAUGGCGUCCUUCAAGCUGGCAGGGCACGAAACGUUCGAGACCACGUACAAGAACACAUUCCUGAGCACAGGCCUGUUCAUGGCCAUUGUGCUCCGGGAUGACCAUGAUGACAUCAACAGCUUGGAAGCAGCAGCUGAGACCCUACUGGUUUUUCACAAUGACAAUCCGGAGCAGCCGGGUGCUGCUGUGAUGGCUCUGACUCACUACCGCCAACGUGGCUCAGAACUGGAUGGAAUCGAGUGCAGCCUGUUCAUUCUCGCCAUGACCUACACUGUAACGACGCAAAUGCCAAUCUGA